AUGGAAAAGGGACAUAAUAUCACUGUAUUUAUUCUCCUGGGACUCUCUCACAACAAGAACAUUGAAAUCUUUUGCUUUGUAUUAUUUUUAUUUUGCUAUAUUGCUAUUUGGCUGGGAAAUGUGCUCAUAAUGAUGGCUAUCACAUGCACACAGCUAAUUGACCAACCUAUGUAUUUCUUCCUCAAUUAUCUCUCUCUCUCUGAUGUUUGCUAUACAUCCACGGUGACACCCAAGCUAAUGAGUGACUUACUGACCGAAAGGAAGAUUAUUUCCUACAGUAACUGCAUGCUACAGCUGUUUACCACCCAUUUAUUUGGAGGCAUCGAGAUCUUCAUCCUCAUGGGGAUGGCCUACGACCGCUAUGUGGCCAUCUGCAGGCCACUGCACUACACUGUAAUCAUGAGCAGGCACAGGUGUAACUGGAUCAUCAUAGCCUGUUGUUCUGGGGGAUUUCUGCACUCUGCCAGUCAGUUCCUCCUCACCAUCUUCUUACCAUUCUGUGGCCCCAAUGAGAUAGACCACUACUUCUGUGAUGUGUACCCUUUGCUGAAAGUGGCCUGCACGGACACACACACAAUAGGACUCUUAGUCAUUGCUAAUUCAGGCUUAAUUGCUUUGUUGACAUUUCUUGUCUUAAUGUUGUCGUACUUUUUCAUACUGUAUACCUUAAGAGCAUACUCUGUGGAGAGCCGCAGCAAAGCACUUUCCACCUGCAGUUCUCAUAUAACUGUUGUGGUUCUGUUUUUCGCACCUGCAUUAUUCAUUUACAUCAGACCAGCCACAACAUUCCCAGAAGACAAAGUGUUUGCUCUUUUCUACACCAUCAUCGCUCCCAUGUUCAACCCUCUGAUCUACACACUGAGGAACAUGGAGAUGAAGAAUGCCAUGAGAAAAGUUUGGUUUCAUUGA